GAAGAGGAGGAGCAGGAAGAGGAAAAGCAGCAGGGGAAGCGCGGGGUCGGCGGCCGCUGUGUCCGCCGCGGCGCCGGGAGCAUCCCGCAGUUUCCCGCCCUUUUUCCCUCCCGUUUUCGCCUCUUUCCCACCCCACUGGGACAUGGAGGACACGGCACCAUGGCCCCGAACGCUGCCCCACAGUCCCCCCGGCCCCGCCCCGGGCAGGAGGUCACGGAAGCUGUUCCCGUCGUGUUGCCGAUGCAGUGGAAGCCGACGGUUCGUGCCGGCACGUUCACCCCCAUGGCGAAGGUCUCGGUGGCGAACAGCACCUGGGGCAGUUUCCCGCCCUUUUUCCCUCCCGUUUUCGCCUCUUUCCCACCCCACUGGGACAUGGAGGACACGGCACCAUGGCCCCGAACGCUGCCCCACAGUCCCCCCGGCCCCGCCCCGGGCAGGAGGUCACGGAAGCUGUUCCCGUCGUGUUGCCGAUGCAGUGGAAGCCGACGGUUCGUGCCGGCACGUUCACCCCCAUGGCGAAGGUCUCGGUGGCGAACAGCACCUGGGGCAGUUUCCCGCCCUUUUUCCCUCCCGUUUUCGCCUCUUUCCCACCCCACUGGCACAUGGAGGACACGGCACCAUGGCCCCGAACGCUGCCCCACAGUCCCCCCGGCCCCGCCCCGGGCAGGAGGUCACGGAAGCUGUUCCCGUCGUGUUGCCGAUGCAGUGGAAGCCGACGGUUCGUGCCGGCACGUUCACCCCCAUGGCGAAGGUCUCGGUGGCGAACAGCACCUGGGGCAGGUAGAGCCUCUGGAAAACGGGCCCCAAUCGGGCUCGGCCAAUCAGAGCGCGUCCAAAACACCUCCAGCCAAUCACUGUGUUCCCAAAACCACACCCGACCAAUCAGAGGUGGCGUCUGUGAUGACCCCGCACUGGUCCGGACUGGAGCUCCCAGUGCAGCGCGGCUGCUUUGGGGCUGGCGGCACCUGCCCGGCGCUGGCCAUGGGGCGAGUGGCGGCAGCUGGGGCCGUACUGGUGGCACUGGUGGUGCUGGGAGCCCCCCCGGCUGCGGGCGAGAAGCUCUCGACGGUGCUCCAGGAGAUGUUUAAGGCCGAGUGUCACUUCAUUAACGGCACAGAGAAGGUGAGGUACAUGCAAAGGCUGUUCUACAACCGGCAGCAGGACGUGAUGUACGACAGCGAUGUGGGGCACUACGUGGGGUUCACCCCGUACGGGGAGAAGGUUGCCAGGGCCUGGAACAGCAACCCGGAAUGGAUGGAGGAGAGACGGACUGCAGUGGACUGGUACUGCCGGCACAACUACGAGGUGUCCACCCCGUUCAGCGUGGAGCGCAGAGUGCCCCCCAGCGUGUCCAUCUCGCUGGUGCCCUCGAGCUCCCAGCCCAGCCCCGGCCGCCUGCUCUGCUCCGUGAUGGAUUUCUACCCUGCCGAGAUCCAGGUGAGGUGGUUCCAGGGCCAGCAGGAGCUCUCGGGCCACGUGGUGGCCACCGACAUCGUCCCCAACGGGGACUGGACCUACCAGCUGCUGGUGCUGCUGGAAAUUCCCCCCCAGCGCGGGCUCAGCUACACCUGCCAGGUGGAGCACGUCAGCCUGGAGCAGCCCCUGAGCCUGCACUGGGAGAUGCCGCCGGACGCCGCCCGCAGCAAGAUGCUGACGGGGAUCGGGGGCUUCGUGUUGGGCUUCGUCUUCCUGGCGCUGGGGCUCGGCUUCUACCUGCGCAAGAAGAGCUCCUGAGCCGCCGGCGGCCGCAGCCCCUCCCCGUGGC